AUGCCGUCUCAACGUGUUACCUACCGCCGCCGCAACGGCUGGAACACCCGUUCCAACAGAACCCGUGUUGUCCGAACUCCCGGUGGUGAGCUCCGCCUUCUUCACAUCAAGAAGCGCGGCACUGUCCCCAAGUGCGGUGACUGCGGCUCCAAGCUCUCUGGCAUUCCCGCUCUCCGCCCCCGCGAGUACGCCCAGAUCUCCAAGCCCAAGAAGACCGUCCAGCGCGCCUACGGUGGUUCCCGAUGCGGCAACUGCGUCCGUGACCGUAUCGUCCGUGCUUUCCUCAUCGAGGAGCAGAAGAUCGUCAAGAAGGUUCUGAAGGAGCAGGAGCAGAGCCAGAAGAAGAAAUAA